CAAGCACGGCGUUCCAUGGCAACUGAUUUAACCAACCAUCUAUAGGUUUCCUUGUAGUUGACCAAUGACUUGAUCUCCAAAGACAGGGGUUUAUGACAGCUGAUGAAAGAAAAUUAUUUGACCAUCUCAAAUCUCCUCACCUGAAAUAUUGGGUCCCAUUCAUCUGGUUUGGAAAUCUUGCAGCUAAAGCCCGGAAGGAGGGUAGAAUCAGAGACAGCGUUGAUCUGCAAUCGUUGAUGACUGAGAUGAACAAAUACCGCUCUUGGUGCAGCCUUUUAUUUGGCUACGACUGGGUCGGGAUUCCGCUGGUUUACACCCAGGUGGCCGAGCAGCUCAUCAACCCUUUUGGAGAAGACGAUGAUGAUUUUGAAACCAACUGGUGCAUUGACAGAAACCUGCAGGUCUCUCUUUUGGCUGUGGAUGAGAUGCACAUGAGCUUACCCAAGAUGAAGAAGGACAUUUACUGGGAUGAUUCUGCUGCUCGACCGCCUUAUACCCUGGCAGCUGCUGACUACUGCAUACCCUCAUUCCUGGGGUCAACGGUCGAAAUGGGGCUGUCGGCGACCGAGCUCCCCGGCGACGAGUGGCUCUGGAGCUUCGAGAAGCACGGCCAGCGCCGCUCGGUGAUCAGGAGGGUCAAGAGGUUCCUGAGCGCCCACGAGCACCCGGCCGGCCCCAGGAGGAGGAGCUACGGCCGGCAGGCCAGCGACAGCUCCAUGUUCUUGACGUCCAGCGGCGACGCCAGCCCGGCCGGGGACCUGCUGGAGGUGCCCCCGACGGGCCCGCGCCGCGCCCCGGGCGCCCGGCAGCCCUGCUCCCCGGGGGGCACCCCGCUGCACUGCAGCCUGGGGGAGCUGUCCACCAUCAGGGAGGCCAGCACCCCGCAGAGCCUGAGCCCGCAGGCCAGCGUGCGGGUGUCCCCCAGCAAGAUGCCGCAGCUCCCCGAGGUGCUGGUCACGGGGCCCGAGGCACCGGGCUCCACGGCCUCCCUCCAGAGCGCGGACUUUACAGGAGUCGAGCCGAGUGGGACUGGCCGGCAGCAGGCGCCCGGGGCAUGGGAUCCGUUCCCCGCAGGGACAGGGACCCCCCCUCCUGGGGACCCGGGGCCCCCGGCGACUCCAGCCAGAGACCAAAGGAGCAUCCUCACGCCUGCCUCUGGCGAAGACCCAAGCAAUGACAGGUUCCCCAAAAGGUGGAGCCUCCCUGUGUCCAGCCAGGCCGCCCCCGCGGGCCACCGCCCCAAGCCCCCCAGCUCCGAGCCCGUCCUCUCACUUGCCACCGAGGCGUCAUCGGAGACCUGCGGAGUCAAGGCCGCAGGGGGCUCCCGCGCCUCCCCCGACGUGCCCCACUUCAUCGAAAGCCUGGACGCCAAGGAAACGGACAUCAUCGACUUUGACAACGAGCAAGCUGGGGGGGCAUCACCUGAGGGGCUCCCGGAAAGGCCCAGAACCCGGUUCCAGCCCUAG